AUGAUCAGCACUAUCAGCGGAGGACCUACCGUUGCGGGGACGAGCCACCGUUCGAUGAAACAGUAUGUGCGUGCCGCACAGUUCCCUCAGGUGCUCGGAAUAGAGAUGAAUCGGUUCCAGGAAACACCAAAAGUUCGUUGGGAGCCGAUCACAUUUUGCCAAGAGGAAGAAGAGGGAAUCCUCUAUCCCCACGACGACCCAAUGAUCAUCCGAGCUGAAAUUGCCGAUUACGAUGUAGGGCGAGUGCUGAUCGAUACCGGGAGCUCCGUGAGCGUAAUCUUUGCUGGAGCUUUCAGAGAGAUGGGAAUCAAUGACAACCAAGUCGACCGGCAGUUGACACCUCUGUUAAGCUUCUCUGGAGACUUGGUCCAACCAAUCGGUAGUGUCAGACUGCCAAUUACAUUUGGCACGGCGCCGAGAAAAGCAACAACGUACGAUCAGUUCCUCAUCGUCGACUGCCCGACGGCAUACAACGUUAUCGUUGGCCGAACGGCACUGACGAGGAUCAAGGCGCAUCUUUCGCCCCACAUGCUGUUGAUGAAGUUCCCUACCCCGAACGGCACGGGGGCAAUCCGGGGAAAUCAAUUCAGCGCGCGGACUUGCUACGCUACGGCGCUCAAGGCAACCUCGUUCAUACUCCCCAACGAGACCAUGACGGUGCAAGGUUUACCGAACGGUACUGGACCGGUUGACGACCCUAGAGAUGAAUCUCCCACCCCUCACACACAACCUGCCGAAGAAUUGGAAACCAUAACCUUGAGCGAUGAACAGCCCGACCGACAGGUUAGGAUCGGCACUAGACUCACUGCGAACCUCCGAACGCAAUUCAUAGACUUCUUGCGGCAUCAUUCGGAAGUUUUCGCAUGGUCUUACGAGGACAUGCCCGGCAUCGCCCCGGACGUGAUUAGCCAUAAACUCACCAUCUCCUCCGCCUAUAAGCCCGUAAGGCAGAAGCGCCGAUCAUACGAUGCCGAACGGUAUGAGGCGAUGCGCACGGAAGUCGAAAAACUUCAAACCAUCGGUUUCAUCCGGGAAGCAACGUAUCCGGUAUGGCUUGCCAACUCCGUCAUGGUAAGAAAGUCCACGGGCGGGUGGCGGAUGUGCCAAGACUAUACCGACCUCAACAAGGCCUGCCCGAAGGAUAGCUUUCCGUUGCCACGGAUAGACCAGCUCGUGGAUGCCACUGCCGGCCACGAACUGCUGAGCUUUAUGGAUGCCUACUCCGGCUAUAACCAGAUAUUCAUGCACCCUCCCGACAGCGAACAUACCGCAUUCAUAACGGACAAAGGAACCGCCGAAGAUCACCUGCAGAACUUAUCGAUCAUGUUCGGCAUACUCAAAGACUACAGGAUGAGGCUGAACCCGAAGAAAUGCGCCUUCGGUGUAUCUUCCGGGAAAUUCCUCGGAUUCAUGAUCAGUCAGAGGGGGAUUGAGGCGAAUCCCGAGAAAAUAAAGGCAAUCAUCGAUAUGGAGAGGCCGAAGACGACGAAGGACAUUCAGAGCCUUACCGGACGCGUGGCCGCCCUGACCCGCUUCAUAUCGAAAGCUACCGAUAAAUGUGUACCGUUCUUCAAAGCCUUGAAAGGGGGCAAACGGGAUAUCACAUGGACUGCCGAAUUAUCCGGAACUGCCGUCAGCUCGGUACUAAUUCGGAAACCAGAGAAGGCAGAAUUACCAAUCUUCUAUGUCAGCAAGGCACUCCAGAGUGCGGAACUUCGGUAUCCACCAUUAGAGCAGCUGGCUCUAGCCCUUGUUGUCUCGGCACGAAGACUUCGGCCAUACUUCCAGGCACACGGGAUCAAAGUCCUGACCAACCAACCCCUCCGGCAAGUCCUCCAAAAACCAGAAAUUUCGGGCCGAUUGAUCAAAUGGGCGAUCGAACUCGGGGAAUUCGACAUACAGUUCGUUCCGAGGCCCGCGGAGAAGGGCCAGGCUGUUGCCGAUUUUAUCUCCGAGCUUACCCCAGCGACAGUACAACCGACAUCUGAGGCAAUUACCGAGACCAUCUUGCCGGAUCAACCAGGCGCCGAACGCCUCGACACAUCAACUCCCGUCUGGGGUUUGCACGUCGAUGGCUCGGCAAACCAGCAAGGAUGCGGAGCGGGCUUGGUGCUGACAACACCGGACGGACAGAAGAUCGAAUACGCCCUCCGAUUCGACUUCCGGACCUCCAACAAUGAAGCGGAAUACGAAGCCCUCUUGGCCGGCCUUCGGUUAGCCAAGAGCAUGAAUGCAAAGCAAAUCCGAAUUCACAGCGACUCCCAGCUCAUUGUGAACCAGGUAACGGCAGACUUCGCCGCCAAGGAUGCCUCCAUGUACGCCUACCUUUCAACCGCCCAUCAGCUACUCCGAAGUUUCCAAGCAUACGAGAUCAAACAGAUCCCCAGAGGCGAAAACAGCCAUGCCGAUGCUUUGGCAAGACUCGCUUCGGCGAUAAACGACAAAGUCGGAAGAAAGGUACCAGUGGAGAUCCUUGCCCAACCGAGCACGGUAACCUCCGAAGCGUGUGCCGUACGGUAUGAGGAUACAUGGAUGUCUCCCAUCUACUUAUACCUGACGAACGGCACCCUUCCUGAGGAUAAAGCCCAGGCCCGAAGCUGA